AACCAAAGGCGUAAAAAAGUGAAGCCAUAAAGAAGCACUGUAGUGAAAAAAAAAGUGAGAAAAAAAAACGAGGAAAAAAUGAAGGAAAAAGUCCAUUGGAAGAGAAUCAAACCUCAUCAACAUCAGAUCAAAUGUAAAAAAACAGUAGACCAUACUUCCAAACAUGCGCUGAAACACCGUAUGGCAGCUAAAGCUUUCCGGUUAGGCUGGAGAUUUCGGCCUCAGCACCGCUAUCUAGCGGACUGCGUUCCAUUAAAAAACUUUUUAAUGAAACGCAGUAAGCGGGAAUUCCGGCAAGCCAGCACUUGUGAAUUUCGAGAGACCAGUUAGGGUUGUGUUUAUAUUUAGAUCACAUUCAAAAGCAAUUGGGGGCCGGACCUCAUGCUCCCAUUGAAUAUCGUGGGGGAGACGUUAAGGGUACUGCGAAAUCAGGGUCUUAUUUUUGUCUGCUCUUUUUGUAUUUUUGUUGUAUAUCUUUGUGUAUAAGUGUGGAGGAAGCCUUUAAAUAAAAAGUAAAUAAAUAAAAAUAGGUGAUGGGGGGUUUAGCUUCAUUUUUAUCCUACUGCCAGUGCCCUGCGAAAUGGAUCCACCCGUAUCGAUUUAGAGGAAGUCUCUGUAGAUAUCUUGUCAAAUGGUAAAUUCAGGAUAUAAGGUAGAUAACGACGUCUUUAAGCGUACCUCGCCCCAGGCGGCCUCUUUAGUCAGCUCCUCCUCCUUAGUCUUCAGUCAUUGGCUUUUAUAAGCGAUUGGUCAGCGGUUAUUUUAGUCACGCAAUUAGGUUUUUCUGUACGUCAUCAAUCAUAAGUAACUUGCACGCGCAUUAGCCGGAAGUCAUAAGCCAUAGAAAUGUCGGGCAUGGACGAGAAAGAAGUCAUAGUUAAGGAAAUGGACGAGGUUUUUGAAAAGGAAACUGACUUAGAAGUUGAAAAUAAGGAGCAGCAGGAAAAAUGGAAAGAAAUGGACGAUGGUGGUACCAUGGAGUACCUCGUGCCCGACAACGAUGCAGCAAUAGGAGUCCAUGCGCCCGAUAACCAGGCUGAUAUGGAAACCACAACACCCAAAGAGGAUGGCGAGCUCACUGUUGCAGCUCCAAAAGACGAGUCUGAGCUAACAACUGUUGGAGCUCAUAAAGACGAGUCUGAGCUAACAACUGUUGGAGCUCAUAAAGACGAGUCUGAGCGUACUGUUGGAGCUCAUAAAGACGAGUCUGAGCUAACAACUGUUGGAACUUAUAAAGACGAGUCUGAGCUAACAACUGUUGGAGCUCAUAAAGACGAGUCUGAGCUAACAACUGUUGGAGCUCAUAAAGACGAGUCUGAGCUAACAACUGUUGGAGCUCAUAAAGACGAGUCUGAGCGAACAACUGUUGGAGCUCAUAAAGACGAGUCUGAGCUAACAACUGUUGGAGCUCAUAAAGACGAGUCUGAGCUAACAACUGUUGGAGCUCAUAAAGACGAGUCUGAGCUAACAACUGUUGGAGCUCAUAAAGACGAGUCUGAGCGUACUGUUGCUGCAGCUAAAGAUGACUGUGACUUCAGUGUUGCAGCAUCCGAGCUGACCGCCGCCGUCCACGAUAAAGAGGAUAUGCAGGGUGUCGUUGCCUCUUUCAAAGCAGAGUUAUCCCGACUUGAGGAGAAGAAUGCCCAGCUCAUCACCGCCAACAAAGAACUCCAAGACAACGUCACCCGUCUGCAGACCAGCCUCGAGACCAUCCAGAGUGAUGCUGCUUCGCGUUUGCAGUCAGCUCAGCUGUCUCUGAAAAAAUAUCGCAAUUACAAUCAUGAGCUGUGGAACAACGAUGUUGGUCAGAUUCGCGAGAACGAGCAAGCAAGGGAAAAGAUAAAGGGGCUCGUGGCCCUCCAGGCUGAGAAUGCGGCAAAGAUCGCCGAGCUCAUGGACUCGACAAGCAAGCUCGCGGAUGUAAAUGCCGAGCUGGUCGAGGCUGCAAACACCAAGGACGAGGAAAUCGAGAUGCUGCGCGAACAGCUGGAGCACGCUAGGAAGAAGAAGCAGAGCCGCUGGCAAAGGAUCAAGUCUCGCGUGCGCACUUUCUUCGGCCGUUAGACACCCGCGCCUUUACACUCAUAUCUUUUUUUACUUUUUUUUUGCACGAUACAGUACUAAAACUCCUUUGAAGAAACACAUCCACGAAUCACAUACCACAAUACUUCUUGAAUUGCUCAUAAAUAUCAUCGAACAAUCACAAAUGAGCUUCAUUGCGCGUACACAAUUGCCCACAGAACUCGAAACGGAAAGUCAUUAUUUUUAUAGCUUUUUUAUUUUUAGCAACUUUGGCCGAGGAGAUUGGCUACAGCUUGGUGGUUUUUAAAAAUCAAAAAUCCAAGCGAUUCUAAUUCAGGCACUUGAAUAAUAUUACAAAUUUCCCAAAAGUACACCAGCGCCCGGACAGGCGACAGUUUGGUAUCUUGACCGUGACGAAAAUCCAAACGAUCCCGAUUUGCAUUUCUUUCUUUUUUCAAAAUAACCAAUCUUAUUCCCACCAAAACACUCUAGCAUUUAAACCUGACAUUUUAGACUUGCGCGACUUUCCCGAAGAGUAAUGUGAAGCAAUGAAUUAUGUGAAUAAAUAUUAUAAAUCUUUUCUGUAGUUAUAUGAUUCUAUAUCUAAAUUUUUGGCAAUAGGCUGAUCAAAUUGACCUGUUUCUUCGUCUUAUUUAGUACUGUAUCGCGCAGUCAAUCUGGAAUUAUUAUAAAUCCCUGUAAAUAUUUUUAAAUUUUCAUGACCAAUAAUAUGGCGCAGCAUGGGUGUCGUUAAGAGAUGAUAUUCAACGUGACUAAGUUGAAUACAAGACAAUGCUACUUUUCCGCUCUCAGAUCAAGGAUAGGGCAACGAAUAUUGAGAUUUUGUAAAUAAAAUGGCAGAAAUCCUAAA